GGAGUAACGAUUCUCGCAGAAGACCAAGGGGCAACACGACAAGAAGUUAUUUGGCGACACUGCUGAGGCGGGUCAACAAACAAAUGACCGAAGACUUCGUGUAAAUAUUCGACCUGGAAAAUCGUUUGGCAAUAUUCUUACGAAGCAGUCUAGGUGGUGUCUUGAAGCUUGUUUCCUUUUGGAUCAGGUUCUUUUCUCUGGAACUAUUUCUUGGGAUCUCGCGCAGAAAGAAACGGAUUGAUUUAAAUCCAAGAAGAAAGGGGCGAAAACUGCAGCAUGUGAUGAAAGUGUAGUCGGCAGCAUUGACCGCUGCAGCAUGUGGAUGUCAGGAUGCAGCUAUGUCAAUUGAAGAAAUCCGGUGCAACCAUCCCCUCAUCCAGAUGCCGACCACCCCUUCCUCGUACGCCCACCCACCAGCUUGCCUGCCCUCUUCCUCCUCCAUACCACCCACCCCCCCCUAUUUCCCGUACCCCUCCCCGCCAUGCUCCCCAGGCCCUGGGGUGAAGGGGUUUGUCAGGGCCGGGGGGGUUACCCUGCGCUCUCCGGCCACCCGUCACCUCACCCACCUGGACCCCUGGAGGAGACACAGUUGGGAGCCCGGAGCUAUCGUUACGGUGCAGCAGAAGGGGAUGGAACCCAGCGACAACCGCAGUGUGAGUCUGGAGAACCUGGACCCCGAGGAGAUGGAGAAGGUUCUGGGUGUGGCGCUGGAUGUCCGGCGAGGGGGGAGGGAUCCUCGGAGGAACCCCAUUACCCAGGAGGGCUCCCUGUCCUCCCUCACAGAGGAAGAGGCAGGGUCUGACGUGCAGCACUACUCCAUAUUGGAGGAGCAGUCAAACCAGCUGCAGGGUUGCAGUGCAUCGGCCCCGACCCUCAGUGUGGCGCGUCACAGAAACCUUCAAAGCACGGCCCCCCGACCACGCUCCGACUGCUACGAGACUUUACCCUACCGUCAACUUGGAGGAUCCACGCAGAGUGUGGAUAGUGACCUGGGUCUGCUGCUCUGGGGGAGAGAGGGAAGCUGGACAGAGGUAGAGAGAGACGAGGCCCGGGAGGAGAGGACAGGCAGCCCUUUAGAGCGCACCUUCAGUUUCCUACGCAAGAUGGCCGGCAACCGCAAGAAUAAGGAGAAAGAGCGCAUGAGGGAGAGGGAGAAAGAGGCACGGGACAGGGAGGCGCGCUACAGCAAUGGGCACCUCUUCACCUCCCUCACCGUGUCGGGGACCACCCUCUGUUCAGCAUGCAACAAGAGCAUCACUGCCAAGGAGGCCCUCAGCUGCCCCACUUGUAGUGUCACCAUACACAACCGCUGUCGAGACACGUUGCCCAACUGUGCCAAAAUGAAACAGAGGCAACAGAAGAUGGCUCUCAUGAGGAACAACUCAGCUCUGCAGAACGUGACCCUUCGUACCAAAACCCCCAUGAUGAGGGAACGCCCCAGCUCAGCCAUCUACCACUCUGACAACCUCCGCCAAUCCCUGCUGGGCUCGCGCCGUGGACGCUCCGGUCUUUCCCUCUCCAAGAGCGUCUCCACCAAUAACAUUACAGGGAACCUGAAUGAUGACUCUCCCUUGGGGCUGCGCAGGAUCCUGUCCCAGUCCACAGACUCGCUCAACUUCAGGAACAGAGCCAUGUCCAUGGAGUCGCUCAACGAUGAGGGGGAAGAGUACUACACCUCCAUGCUGGAGGAAAUGGAGAUUGAGGGGCGGGAUUUUGAGGCGGACUCAUGGAGCAUGGCGGUGGACUCGGGCUACCUGCAGACGCAUCGCAAAGACAUCAUCAAGCGGCAGGACGUCAUCUAUGAGUUGAUCCAGACAGAGCUGCACCAUGUGCGGACGCUGCGCAUCAUGGAGAGGGUGUUCCGCCAGGGCAUGCUGGAGGAGGUGCAGCUUGAGCCGGGCGUGGUGCACGCCAUCUUCCCCUGCCUCGACCGUCUCACCGCCAUACAUGCCCGCUUCCUGGCACAGCUGCUCACCCGGCGCAACCACAGCCUACAGCCUGGCAGCACCUACAACUUCACUAUCCAUCAGCUGGGAGAUGUGCUACUGGAACAGUUCUCGGGCCAGUGUGCUGACGAGAUGAGGAAGACCUACGCUGAGUUCUGCAGCCGCCACCUGAAGGCUGUCAAGCUGUACAAGGAGCUGCUGGCCAGAGACAAGCGGUUCCAGUACUUCAUACGGCGGGUGUGUCGGGGUCACCUGUUGCGUCGCCAUGGCGUCCAGGAGUGCAUCCUGUUGGUCACUCAGCGUAUCACCAAGUACCCCGUACUCAUCCAGCGUAUCCUUGACAACACCAAGGACAAUGAAGAGGAGGCCUCCUGUCUGGCCCAGUCUCUGACUCGGAUCAGGGAGCUACUCACCUCAGUGGACCAGCAGGUGAUGGAGCUUGAGCGGACCCAGAGGCUGCAGGAGAUCCGGGCCAGGCUGGACCCUCGCGCCGAGGCCAAGGUGAGGGAUGGUGGCCUGUUCAGAGGAGGAGAGUUGCUCCGCAGGAGACUCAUCCAUGAGGGAAUGCUGCUCUGGAAAACCCCUGGGUCCAGGCUCAAAGAUGUGCAGGUCCUGCUGAUGACAGACAUCCUAGUGUUCCUACAGGAGAAAGACCAGAGGUUCAUCUUCCCUUGUCUAGACAAGUCUCCGGUCCUCUCCCUGCAGAACCUCAUGAUUAGGGAGAUAGCCAAUCAGGAGCGAGGGCUCUUCCUCAUCAGUGACUCCUCUCCUCCGGAGAUGUAUGAGGUCCAUGCUGCCUCGAAAGAUGACAAGAACACCUGGAUACGCCUCAUACAACACACUGUCAGGAGUUGUCCUUCCAGGGAAGAGUUCCCACUCAUAGAGACUGAAGACAAGGCCCUUCUGAGACGACUGAAAGCGGACAUCCAGCAGAAGGACCGGGAGGUGCUGGAGCUGCUCCAGGAGCGAGUCACCCUGUUCUCGGACCUGGCCGAGGUGACAGGGGGCCAGGAGAUCAUGCUGCCGGGGGGCCCCAACUCCCGGAACCUGUUCCGGGCUGACAUGCCCCAGGUGCCGCUCGGCGAGAGACUGCUCACGGACGCCAUCGCAGAGGUGGAUAGGCUGAGUGAGCUACUGCUGGGCUCCACCUUUGCAGUGCCUCUGCCCUGCAGUUUCAACGGUCACCCGAACCACACGGGAGCACUAGUGAUCAAUGGCCAGGAGGUGGUUCUCAAUGGAAUGCAUGGGUGCCCAGCAGCAAAGGACUGGAAUGGGAAUCAGGCUGGAGAUAGGCCCUCAACCGAGGAAGUGUAUCAGAGGCUGGUCAACCUUAGUGCCCACCUUCAUGCCCUCCAGGGCACUGUGAUCAAGCAGGACUCCAUCCUGGAGCUCUGCCUGCGCUCCGAUGGCCCGCCAGUUGAUGCCCCGACCACGCCCACCGGACGGGUGUGGCGCUCCCUGUCACGUGACGCAGGCAUGGCCGAGGCCACCACGGGGGCGGCCAUUGGGGAGCUGGCCCUGCUCCAGAGGCAGCACAGCCUCCUGCAGGAGGAGCUGGGUAGGCUGCGGGGGGCCGAUGGCCGCCUGAGGGAUAGCGAAAAAGCCCGAGCCCAGCUGGAGAGGCAGGUCCGCGACAUGAAGGUCCACAGUACCACCGUGUUUGACAGUGUGGGACCUGCAGGCUCAGAGCAGGCUCCACCCCUUCGUAAAGCAAGUGAAACCAACGCGGACACCAAAUUGGCCAGCCAAGAGUCAAUCGAGCAUUCGGAGGGGCAUCAGGAAGGCAGUGAUGUGGAGGUGACGUCAGAUGAGGAGGAGGAGGAGGAGGAGGAGAAGGAGGCCAAAGCGUCACCGCGCUCGGAGAGUCCCCGAGAUCUUCAGGACAUUCCAGAGGAGAGCGAAGCCACAGCAGAACUACCACGAGAGCCUGACGUGUCACAUUGCUAAUGACCCUCCAGAAAUAAAGACUGGACCCCACCUCCCCUACACUCAAAAAUAGGCCGAAGAGAACAAGAGAACUGAACUUGAAAUAGUCUUCCUCUUUUUACACUAAAAAGGAAGUAUCAUAUUAAUUUUCAAAUAUAGAUCUAUAUAUUUGUUCUGUGGCUUUUGCUUUACAGUACACAACCAGUGGCAAUAUGUGACUUUACGUUAUAUUCUUUCGUAUUUCUUGCUUGGGAUUAUUUGGAUAUGUACUGCUCCAUUUUGGAAUCGAUGCUGGACCAAUGAGGGCCUAUUAGAGUGGCGUGAAUAACAGGAAGGGAGUUAUGCAAUGAUGAUAUUCCAAAGAAGAAUAUGCAAGAAAUGGACAGCAAAUAUAAAAGCAGUGAAUGGAUAACCAAAUCUGAUGGGGUUUUGUCAAUGGAAUACUGAAUUAAUGACAUUGGUUGGAUAGCUGCUAUUGUGCAUUAGGAUGUUGGAUGCGGACGUAUGUAGGUGGCUGUUUGUGCUGGGACACACACAGAAACACAAAUAUGACACACAAACAUGCACAAACACACACACAGUCAUACACGCUCACACACACACUUGAGUCCUUUACAUUUCCAUAAUUAGGGUGAUCUAAUUCUCAACGCUGUUUAUGAUGCUAAUGAUUUGUUUAUUUAUUCUUCUGUCCUUCAUUAUUUAAGCAGGUAAGUUAAGACCUGAAGCAUUAGUGACUGUAUAAGAAGUAGAGGUAGCACUGUAUUUUCCUCUAAUUCUCAUGUUUUUAUUUAGAAACCUUGGGGAUUCUUCGUCUCAAAUAUAGGAAAGUGACAAUUGUUAACAAUUAAUUUCAAGUAGUUACCAGAAUGAAUUUUGCAGUUACCAUGUAGUUACUAAGUAAAUACCUGGCAAUAAGGGAGAAUGAAAUAAAGUUUUAUCUAAAUGGACAAAAGAAUGCAUCACUACAGGUGCAUCUACAUAUAAGCAGUGUAGUUUAAAAAUUGAACUCCAGUGGACUUGGUCGACUAUAUAAAAAAUUUAAAAAGCUGUCAAUAUUGCUUUGGUUUUCAUCUUUACAAAGAAAAGGCCAAGACGUUGGAAAAUGGAACAAGGACAAUGCGCCAUGUCAUCCAUUUUGAGAUGCCUUGAGGGAUAGGGGAAUUCAACUUUUUUGCCAACAUGGAAAUAUAAAAUGGAGUCUUCUCUGUUAAAGACUAAACAAGUGACUUUGGAGACUAUUUUUGAGCAACGGACAGCCGAGCAACCAUUAUAUUUGCCUACAUUGUUUUGAAACAAAUGCUUUAAUUGACACUUUCUUGUUGUAAUUUCUUGUUAUCUGUUAAUUUGACUAUUGUACCAUAUUUUGCUGGCUUGCAGAGUGUGUAUAAAUUUGGCUGAAAAUGACAAAGGCAAUGAUUUUGUGUAUGUCUUUGAGGAAACUGUAUUCAAUUGCGGUUUACAGAAAGCCAUACUAAAGAUAUGAAUGUCAAAUCCAAAAGUUUUGCCUCCAGUUGUUUUAAUAUUAAAGUUAUAGUGUCAAUAGG